UGAUGCGGAAACAUUUUCAGUGGUGUGAGAUGGUUUGACCACGGUCAGAUGUGAGGUGUGUUUAUAGCGUUACAGCGAAACCUAGGAGUUGUGGACGUUGCUACGUGUUCACUGCACUUGCGUUUUCAUCAGUCCUUUGCCCUACCACAAGAAUCACAGAGUACACCAGCAGAACUGAGAGGCCACCAUGUCUGCAAAGGCCAUCAGCGAAGCGACCGGGAAACGUCUGCUGAACCAGCACCUGGCCCCAGGUGUCGCCACCGUAUGCCGUUUUGCCAGCGUCACACCGGAGACCUCCUGGGACGAGCUCGUCGCCAAGAACCCAUGGCUCUCCACUGAAAAACUGGUGGUGAAGCCCGACCAGCUUAUAAAGCGUCGUGGAAAGCUUGGCCUGAUUCACGUCAACUCGGAUCUUCCGGGCGUUAAGGAUUGGGUGCAAGUACGAAUGUGCAAAGAAAUUGAGGUCGGCAAAGCAAAAGGUCGUCUGAGGAACUUCAUCAUCGAACCAUUUCUGAAACACUCCCAGGACGAAGAGGCUUACGUCUGCAUUUACUCACACAGACAUGCUGACAUCAUUCUCUUCCACCAUCAAGGCGGUGUUGAAAUUGGCGACGUUGAUGCCAAGGCAUUGAAACUGGAAGUCCCAAUUGAUACAAAACCCUCCACAGAUGACAUUAGGAAAACUCUUCUCAAGCAUUUACCUGCCUCAAAGCAGGAAUUUACAGCAAAAUUUGUGGCUGCUCUAUAUGACACCUAUGUGGAUCUCUAUUUCACCUACCUCGAAGUCAACCCGCUCGUGCUGACCAACAAUAAGGUGUACAUAUUGGACCUGGCCGCCAAGUUGGAUGCGACGGCGGAGUUUGUCUGCAAGGCGAAAUGGGGAGACGUGGAGUUCCCUCCUCCAUUCGGCAGGGAUGCAUCGGAAGAGGAGGCAUACAUUGCGGAUCUGGACUCAAAGAGUGGAGCAUCUCUGAAGCUGACAGUGUUGAAUGCCAAGGGAAGGAUCUGGACUAUGGUCGCUGGAGGCGGAGCGUCGGUCAUUUACAGUGACACGGUGUGUGACUUGGGAGGCGCAUCGGAGCUGGCUAACUACGGAGAAUAUUCCGGCGCUCCCACGGAACAGCAGACGUACGAGUAUGCGAAGACCAUCUUGGGUCUCAUGACCCGCGAGAAAAGGACAGAAGGAAAGGUACUCAUCGUCGGUGGAGGAAUUGCCAACUUCACAAACGUGGCAGCUACAUUUAAGGGUAUUGUGAAGGCCCUGCAAGAGUACCGUGAGCGCCUGGUGGAGCACAAUGUUUCAAUCUUUGUCCGACGAGCUGGACCGAAUUACCAAGAAGGACUGAGGGUCAUGAAGGAAGUUGGAAACACGCUUGGUGUUCCGGUGCAUGUCUUCGGCCCGGAAACCCACAUGACAGCCAUUGUGGCAAUGGCCAUGGGCAAGCGUGAAAUCCCAGCCAUGCCCGAGCCAAAUGUCACGACGGCAAACUUCCUCCUGCCUGGCGGCAUGAAGACUCCCCCUCCGCCGUCGAGUCCAAAAAAGGACUUCCGUCGCCCCUUCAUGGACAAUGCUGAGACGGCGGUGCAACAGUCGUGGUUCACUCCUAAAACCAAGGCCAUUGUGUGGGGCAUGCAGACCAGAGCAGUGCAGAGCAUGCUGGAUUUUGACUUUGUCUGCUCACGGAAGGAAGGCUCCGUUGUUGCAAUGGUGUACCCAUUUACUGGGGAUCACAAGCAGAAGUUCUACUGGGGACACAAAGAAAUUCUCAUCCCAGUGUACAAGAAUAUGGCAGAUGCGAUGAAGAGGCAUCAAGAUGCUGACGUGCUCAUCAACUUCGCUUCACUGCGAUCUGCGUAUGAGAGCACCUUCGAGACCCUGCAGCACCCGCAGAUCCGAACUAUUGCCAUCAUCGCAGAGGGUAUUCCGGAGAACAUGACUCGUAAAAUGCUGAAGGCAGCUAACAGCAAGGGAGUCCACAUCAUUGGUCCUGCAACUGUUGGUGGUAUUAAACCAGGCUGCUUCAAAAUUGGCAACACAGGAGGCAUGAUGGACAACAUCUUGGCUUCGAAGCUGUACAGGCCGGGAAGUGUGGCCUAUGUGUCUCGUUCCGGCGGCAUGUCCAACGAACUGAACAACAUAAUCUCUAGGGCAACCAAUGGUGUUUACGAAGGUGUAGCUAUUGGUGGAGACAGGUACCCCGGUACCACAUUCAUGGACCACCUUGUGAGGUACCAGCUGGACCCGCAAGUCAAGAUGCUGGUACUCCUCGGCGAAGUCGGUGGAGUGGAGGAGUAUGAAGUCUGCGAGGCCCUGAAAUCCGGCAAGCUGAACAAGCCCCUGGUGGCAUGGUGCAUCGGUACGUGCGCCGGCAUGUUCUCUUCUGAAGUUCAGUUUGGACAUGCUGGUGCAUGUGCGCAUUCCAAUCGGGAAACUGCCAGUGCCAAAAAUGAAGCCCUGGCAAAGUCUGGAGCUCACGUGCCUCCAACUUUCGAUGCCCUCGGAGAGACCAUAAAGAGAGUGUAUGAUGACCUGGUGAUUUCUGGCAUCAUUAUUCCCUUGCCCGAGGUGCCACCACCGACAGUUCCAAUGGACUACAACUGGGCUAGGGAACUUGGUCUGAUUCGAAAACCAGCGUCGUUCAUGACUAGUAUCUGCGACGAGCGUGGGCAGGAGCUGCUGUAUGCGGGUAUGCCAAUCACGUCCGUGAUUGAGCAGGAGCUGGGUCUGGGCGGCGUGCUCGGCCUCUUGUGGUUCCAGCGACGCAUUCCACAGUACGCCUGCGAGUUUCUCGAGAUGGUGCUCAUGGUGACUGCCGACCACGGACCUGCGGUCUCUGGGGCUCACAACACUAUCGUCUGUGCUCGAGCGGGAAAAGAUCUCAUUUCAUCUCUCGUUUCGGGGCUCCUAACUAUCGGAGAUCGCUUUGGAGGUGCUCUGGAUGCAGCAGCCAAGCAGUUCAGUGAGGCUUACGACAGCCGAAUGAUUCCUAUGGAGUUUGUCAACAGUAUGCGCAAGAAGGGCAUUCUCAUCAUGGGUAUCGGACACAGGGUCAAAUCGCUUAACAACCCUGACAUGAGAGUGAAGAUCUUGAAGGACUAUGUCAAGAGCCACUUCCCAUCCACCCCCGUACUGGACUACGCACUCGAGGUUGAGAAGAUCACCACUUCGAAGAAACCAAACCUGAUUCUCAAUGUGGAUGGGCUGAUCGGUGUUGCUGUUGUGGAUCUGCUACGGCACAGCGGUUGCUUUACUCCCGAAGAAGCGCAGGAAUACAUCGACAUGGGAGCACUAAAUGGGCUCUUUGUACUUGGAAGGACCAUUGGGUUCAUUGGCCACUACCUCGACCAGAAGCGAUUGAAACAAGGGCUCUAUCGCCACCCAUGGGACGACAUCUCCUACGUCCUGCCGGAGACCGAAGGGGAGAAUGGCAUCUGAGCGACACCUCCUUUCCAUCGAGGCCACCCUUUCCCUUUCUGUACAUAACUUCGGUUCUCACUUCAUUUUCCCUUUCUGAACAUGUCUCCGUUGACAUAUUUAAAGGCGCCCCCCCUUGCCUCUCGCCGCGGCUGCUUAAAAUUGACGUUUCGAUUACUUAAUGUCAAGAAUGACGGGAGUGUAAAAUAUUGUAUCUCGGUUCUAAAAGCUUGCAGACAUUGUUUUUACUUAUCACUUCCUGCCUGGCUCUCUAAAGUGAUUACACGUCAUCGCUCGUUGUAUUUCCUGUGCAGCUUGCUUGAAAGUGUUAGAUGUCGAGCCGCAAACAAGCAAACGCUUGCUAGUAACUUAAAGGGAAAACUGGUUGUGGUGUACUCCUGAUAGCUUCUACUGCAGCUCCGGUGCAUAUCAAACUUUAAUUUGUAGUCCCAAGUCUGUGAUCAAUUUAAGAUCAAUUUAAGGUUAUUUUUUUAAUGUUUUCCGCAAACCAAUUUCGAUUUUCAUCAAUGCUGGUUGUCUCCAGCCAAUAGUUUUGCGAUCCCCAUCAAAAUUAUCACUAAGCGUUAAAUAAACUGUAGGGGCUGUAAAUUUCUUCAAUUACUCCUUCACUGCAAUAUCUAACCCUCCCUCCCUCUCUCAUGCCUUGGGUACUUCAGGCACACACAAAAAAAUAUUUUGCGCUUUGUACAUAUAUUGAGUUGCAUUUACACCACCUGAAUAUGUUUCAUGGGGGGAAAGAAAUUUCGUAAAAUUGCCGGUGUUUUUUCUUUCUUUUUUUUUACUGUUAUGGUGCUCUUUUGAGAUUUACGAUGUUGAUAAUGUGCAUCAAUGAAGAGUUUUAUUAAAAUUUGGUUACUUUUCUGGA